CUCUUCAGCGCCUCGAGGAGAGAGUUUCACCGGCGAAGUAGUAGUAAGCUGACUGAGGCCAGCUGACUACACAUUUAGUGCGGAUACUGCACACUCACACCGAAGACAUAGGCGAAAGAACGGCAUAUACAUAGAUAUAUGCGAUACACGCUCGCACCUUGUGUAUAUACCUAUAUAUUGAGUAAAAAUAUAUAUAACGCGCGUGUGCAUCUCUCUCGCAACAGUUACCGAGAAGACUCCGUGUUUCGUUUCGUGCGGAUCAUCGUCGUCGUGUGGUUGGUGUGUGCCCUCGUUUGAUUCGACUGUUGUUAUUAAAAGCCAAAAAAAAAAAAAAACAACAACGACGGACGUACGGGCGGACGGACAGCAGCUCUCUUGUGUCAAACACGCAUCAAGACAACGAGACGAAGAGAUAACGAACGAGAGACGUCGACGUGCACAACAGCGUGCGUAGCGUGUAGUAGCGCCGACCUCGCGUCACCCGGUCGUGCUGCUUGCUGCUGCUGCUGCCUCAUAGUGGAGUGCACAUGUGUAUGUGUGUAUGUGCCAGUGUGAAAAAGUAAGAUCAAGACUUCCGAAAAAUCAGCAGUAGCAGUAUUGUAGUGUAUCUGGUUCUUCCUGUUCCUUCUCUCGGUUCUGCAGUCUUUCAUCGGUACCUAACGUAUCCGUAUAGGUAGUAUUAUAUAUACACAAAACACUCGUCGUAGCGCGCACACACAUAUACGUAUACUACAACAUAUACAGAGUACGUACACAAGUGCAACGUUCAGCGAGUGUGUGUGUACAUAAAAGAGCAAGGACAAACACAUCGAGUGCGGUGCUUGUGCUUUGUUUUUAUAUUUAAUUUAUCUUUUCGUUUUUCUUACGUACGUACGCAUCGCCGUACGUAAACCGUGAAAACAGACACAACGUGAUAGACACACGCAGAUAUAUACUUAUACGUUUUCGCGCGUGAGUGAUAACCUAGCCUAGUGUGCCUGGCUGCAGCACUACUAGUUUGCGAAAAACAUGGCAGCGGAGAUGAUUCCGAACUCGAAGAAAGUCGUGCGUCAACGCGACGAGACCGAGGACGACGACAGCAACAGUACGACGUCAACGACGCAGGCCAGUGGUCGUUCUUUGCUCAAGAGCAACGCCAAGAAGCCCAAAAUCGUCGGCUCCUCCUCCGAGGCGACGGUCACAGCCAAUCUAGUGGACCCUAACCAGGCCACCAACAACAACAACAACAACAACAAUAACAAUAAUAACAACAACAGUAAUCAGGUUGUCGCUGCGGCGGCAACGACCACAUCAUCCACGACGACGAAUACGAACACGACGGGGGCAGCGGCAACGGCGACAGCGACGACUCCAGCGAGGCGAGUGUCCAUCAAGUUCGGCCAGAGCCCCAACCCCAACGGCUGCAUACACCUGAACAAUUUCAAGUCGGCCAGGGGUAUCGAGCCCUACAAGUACAUACACGCGUACUUCGUUGCGGGCGUACGUCAGGCCGAGGAGGAAAGAGUCGUACUGAGCAGCAAAUGCCACGAGUGCAACCUGCAGAAGGGCCGGCCGCACGCCUGUCUGCACUGCAUCUUCUUCGGCUGCCACACGAAUCGCCACAUACACGAGCACGCCAAGACCAAGAACCACUGCCUCUCGAUCGACCUGUGCUACGGCAACGUGCUGUGCUUCCAGUGCGGCGACUACGUCUACGAUCACGAGCUGCUCAAGAUCGCCAACGAGAAUCUCAGCCUCAAGGCGAAAUUCAUCAAUUUCUCCGAGUUCUACAGGCCGUGGGACGCGAGCUCGGACGAGGUCUCGCUGCUCACCCAGCAUCCUCGGCGCGUACGCAUCGAGAAGAACUCGACGAUCGGCUUGCGCGGCCUCAUCAAUCUCGGCAGCACGUGCUUCAUGAACUGCAUCAUGCAGGCGCUCGUGCACACGCCUCUGCUGCGCGACUUCUUCCUCGCGGACAAGCACAAGUGCCCCGACCCGAAGAAGUGCCUCGUCUGCGAGGUCGCCUCGCUCUUUCAGCAGUUCUACUCGGGCCAGAAGACCCCGCUGAUACUGCACAAGAUGCUGCACAUGAUCUGGACGCACGCGCGCCACCUGGCCGGCUACGAGCAGCAGGACGCCCACGAGUUCUUCAUAGCCACGCUCGACGUGCUGCAUCGGCACUGCGAGAUGUACACGCCGAAAACGCUGGCGCCCGUCAUCAUCGACCAGCCCGAUCACUGCGGCUGCAUCAUCGAUCAGAUCUUUACCGGCUGCCUGAAAAGCGACGUCGUGUGUCAAUCCUGUCACGGGGUCUCCACGACCGUCGAUCCCUUCUGGGACAUAUCGCUUGACCUGGGGCCCACCACGGGCGCUGGCAACGAGGCGCCCAAGUCGCUCGAGGACUGCCUGGAGCGCUUCACGAGGGCCGAGCAUCUCGGCAGCAGCGCCAAAAUCAAGUGCAGCCGCUGCCAGACUUACCAGGAGAGCACCAAGCAGCUGACGAUGAAGCAGCUGCCCAUCGUCGCCAGCUUCCACUUGAAGCGUUUCGAGCACUCGAGCGUGCAGGACAAGAAGAUCAACUCCUUUAUCAGCUUCCCGAUGGCCCUCGACAUGACGCCGUUCAUGUCGAAGCGAAGAAACGCCACCGUUUCGGAGCACUUGCCCGGCGAUGAGUUCAAUACGUACUCCCUCUUCGCGGUCAUAAACCACGAGGGCUCGCUCGAGACCGGCCACUACACGUCCUUCAUUCGGCAAAGGAAGGACGACUGGUACAAGUGCGACGACCACUCGAUUACAAAGGCCAAGAUAGACGACGUACUGAAUAGCGAGGCGUACCUUCUGUUCUAUCACAAACAGUUCUUGGAGUAUGGACGUACCAAUCAUUCUUGAAAGAAAAGUCAGCCUGUGGUGAAUUACUGACAAAGGCUUAGAAGGACGAGUAGGGCCAAAAAACGAUAAUUCACCCACUCGCAAGCAUUUUGUAAAUAUCACAAAUUAUAAGCUACCCUGCUUAUGUAAUGUGUCCUAUACAAAAAAAGCAUUAUUUUAAAAGGUUUGACUGUCGUUCAAACUCAUAUUGCCUGGAAAUUUUUUUGUUUUUCAGGCUAUGCAACUGACAAAGACUUGAUAGGAUUAGCUUUAGAUCUUAGAGUCGACAGAAUUCUCAAUGUAAAUAUUCUCAAAAUUUACUAGUACGAAAGUUUCAUAGUUUCUUUCUAUUAGUGAGAAAAAAAAAGUAUACAACAUGUGUAAGUAGCUAGCUAAAAUAAGGUUACGAUACCUUUGUUCUAUACCAACAGCAAUUAAACUUGUACAGGUUUUGUUUAAUGAAACAUUUAGCUUUAAACAACGAUGAAGACAAAAAAAAACUAUACCGGCUGUAAAAAAAAGUAGUCUCUAAGCAUUCAAUUUGUAAACCAAUAGUGCACACAAGGGACAUAGAUAGAACCCAAGUGUUCGAGACCUUGUAACGGUGAACAAAAACUUCCUCAUUUGUAAACCAAAAUAAUGCACACGAAUUGGCAUCGAACGAAAAAAGAAAAGAAAACCUUGUUUGUAAACCAAUGGGUGCAUGUCUGGGAUAUAGACGAAAACUCAAGUGUACUCGACUUGAUAUCGAUGAUAAAAAAAAAAUUACUCAUUUGUGAAAACCAGUAGUGCACACAUGGGAUAGUAUAAUUUUGUAUAAUUUAAAAGAAAAAAAAAACACCAUUAUAAUAAAAGAAACAAAAAAACUUAAGUG